AUGACCAACAUUCGAAAAUCACAUCCCCUCAUUAAAAUCAUCAAUCACUCAUUUAUUGAUCUACCUGCCCCAUCCAACAUUUCAGCAUGAUGAAAUUUUGGUUCCCUGUUAGGAGUCUGCCUAAUCCUACAAAUCCUAACCGGCCUCUUCCUAGCUAUACACUACACAUCAGACACAAUAACUGCCUUUUCAUCAGUCACCCACAUCUGCCGCGACGUUAACUAUGGCUGAAUUAUCCGAUACAUACAUGCUAACGGGGCCUCCAUAUUCUUUAUCUGCUUGUACAUACACGUAGGACGAGGAAUAUAUUACGGCUCCUACACCUUCUCAGAAACAUGGAAUAUUGGAAUUAUACUACUAUUUACGGUCAUAGCCACAGCCUUUAUAGGAUAUGUCCUGCCAUGAGGCCAAAUAUCUUUUUGAGGAGCAACUGUAAUUACCAACCUCCUAUCAGCAAUUCCAUAUAUUGGAACCAACUUAGUAGAGUGAAUCUGAGGGGGAUUCUCGGUAGAUAAGGCCACCCUAACACGAUUCUUUGCCUUCCAUUUUAUCCUCCCAUUCAUCAUCUCAGCUCUAGCAGCAGUACACCUCCUAUUUCUCCACGAAACAGGAUCUAACAACCCCUCAGGAGUUUCAUCCAACCCAGACAAAAUCCCAUUCCACCCAUACUAUACAAUCAAGGACAUUUUAGGUCUCCUAGUAUUAAUUUUAACACUCAUACUACUCGUUCUAUUCUCACCAGACCUAUUAGGAGACCCAGAUAACUAUAUCCCCGCCAACCCCCUAAAUACCCCUCCCCAUAUCAAACCUGAAUGAUAUUUCUUAUUCGCAUAUGCAAUCCUCCGAUCUAUCCCCAACAAACUAGGAGGAGUUCUAGCCCUAGUACUUUCCAUCCUAAUCCUAGCAAUCAUCCCAGCCCUACACACUUCCAAACAACGAGGAAUAAUAUUUCGACCACUAAGCCAAUGCCUAUUCUGACUCCUAGUAGCAGACCUCUUAACCCUAACAUGAAUUGGCGGCCAACCCGUAGAACAUCCUUUCAUCACUAUCGGCCAACUAGCCUCCAUCCUAUACUUCUCAACCCUCCUAAUUCUAAUACCCCUAUCAGGUGUUAUUGAAAACCGUAUUCUAAAAUGAAGA